AUGGCCCGUGACAUUCUCUUGAUAAUAUACAACAGAUCGUUAUUCAAAGCUCACUGGGCCAUCUAUGUCCCUAGUCUCGCAGAACCAGGCGUUGGCAAAAAGAUCCACGUCUAUGGAGACGUCUUAAACGGCUUCACACUCCAAUUCCUGAGAAACUAUGCUUUGAAGUCAGAGACCCUGGCCCAUCAGGAGGUGCUUAUACAACAAGUCAAGGAUGAGUUUGUGCUCGACGGCCCUGGAGGAGAAGAGUGCUCUGAUAUCCUUGCCUCGGAUCGAAUUGAAGAAGUUGCCUUGUCGGUGGCAGCACCGUGGCCGAGUCUGAACUCUGCCAGUGCCAACAGUGGUCCACCUACGAGCAAGGCACAGCUUAAAGAUUGUCAGAGCUGGGUAGUCGAUGUUGUGGCGGCUCUUGUUGAUCAAGGGAUCAUGUCUGAAGAGGCGAACGAUGUGGUUCGAGAUGCUCCAAAGCAUUGA